AUGGCGGGUCAGGAAGAAAAGGUGGAGCACAAGGGAGGGGCGGUUGCCGGACGGCGGCAAGGAUCGAGCGAGAACAACGACGCCAAGAACGACGGCGCACCCGAGGCGGCGGCGUGUGCGCCCAAGGCGGCUGCUGCCUUGCCGAUGCCGCGCCACCGGCGGUCCAAGAGUGCAUCUUCCGACAGGAAUGCGGAGGCAUGCAAGCAUGGACCGUCGCGUGGCGCCGUGGAGCAAUGCUUCGGCAAAGCACAGCUUGCCAUGGUCACUCCCUGCUUGUCCAAGAAUCAGAACCCGCCGGACGCGAGGAAGUCUUUCGCGAUUCCUCCGGCGGCAUGCUCAGUUCACCAGGGGCCGCGAGAUCAAAGGCCGAACGCGUCGCCAAACCACCGCGUCUCCCUGGAGAAUGAUGUUAGGCAGCUGCAGCUGCAUUUGCAUCAGGAGAGGUCUAUCCGGGUCAUGCUUGAUCGGGCCAUUGGCCGGGCAUCCAGUACAUUGUCUCCUGGACAUAGGCAUUUCCCAGCCCAGACAAAGGAACUGAUAGCAGAGAUUGAAUUGCUCGAAGAGGAAAUCGCCAACCGUGAGCAGCACGUUCUUACUCUCUACAGAAGCAUCUUCGAUCAGUGCAUGUCUGGGCCAUCGUCUGGCCAGAGUUCCGGUAUUUCAUCCCCUGCGCACACCAAAAGUAUCACUGCUAGGACAAGAAGGCAGCCAAGCAUAAUAUCAAGUGCAUUUUGCUCAUCCAAGAAGCUCCCACUUCAGCCCUUCCACAUCAUGGAGUCACUCUCUGAAUCAGGAAGAACCAAGAAUAUGCUCAAGGCUAAGAUCAAGCACCAAUCUUUUUCAAGUGAAACAUUGGAUAUUCAUCCUACUUCCUUCCCACCGGAUCCAAAAAAGCUACCUUAUUCUGGGAGUGGAUCUCUUGCUCGCACUCUGAAAGAUCACCUUUAUCAAUGCCCAAGCAAAAUAUCUGAAGAAAUGGUUAGAUGCAUGGCAUCCAUAUAUUAUCUUCUGCGCACCGAGGCACCAGAAAAGCCUGAAAAGGCCCGUUCACCAUUCUUGUCAAGAUCAUCAACAAAUGUCAUACUUCCUCGGAGGGUGAACGGAGAGCAGAAUAGCACAUCAAACAACAAAUAUACAGUGGAAAUAGCUUCCAUAUCAGUUGACAAGAAUCAGAUGCCAGAUGUCUCUUAUGCUAUUACCCACUUCAGAUUGCUUGUGGAACAGCUUGAAAGAGUUGAUCUGAGCAUGUCGGAGAACAAUGUUAAGCUGGCCUUCUGGAUUAACGUGUACAAUUCUCUUAUCAUGCAUGCGUAUCUGGCAUAUGGGAUUCCAAACAGCUCUCUGAAAAGAAUGGCACUGUUUCACAAGGCUGCCUACAAUAUUGGAGGACAUGCCAUUACCGCCAAUUCCAUUGAACACGCCUUGUUGUGCUUCAGAUCUCCACGGAUCGGUCGUUGGUUCGAGUCCAUUCUCUCGACGGCUAUGCGGAAGAAAUGCCCUGACGAGAAGCAGCUGGUCCAGCUCAAGUUCGGCCUGCAGGACUGCCAGCCUCUGGCCCUUUUCGCCCUGUGCACCGGUGCUUCGUCUGACCCCAUGCUGUGGGUGUACACGGCGAAGAACGUGAUGGAGGAGCUGGAGCGUGCCAAGCGAGAGUUUCUGCAGGCGACGGUGGUGGUGCGCAAGUCCAAGAAGAAGGUGUUCCUGCCGCGCCUGGUCGAGCGGUACGCAAGGGAAGCGUGCGUGGGCCCCGACGACGUCCUCCCGUGGGCGCAGCGGGAGGGGAGCGUCAGCGUUAGCGUCACCGCCGACGACCGGCCACAGCAGGUGGCCGUUCAGCGCCGGCGCAAGGCCGUGCAGGCCGUCGAGUGGCUGCCGUACACCGCCAGAUUCCGCUAUGCCUUCGCCAGGAGCAUGGUCGACAAGCCACACUGCUAG